AAGAAUCAAAAAGAUUAUUACAAAAGAUCACCGAUAUUUGUAUAGAAUUUUUAAUUGGACAAAUUAAAGCCGGAGCUCAGAUGGUUCAAGUGUUUGAGUCAUGGGGCGGUGAAUUAUCACCUUAUGAUUUCAAUAUUUUCUCGUUGCCAUACAUUACUCAAAUAGCUGAUAAAGUAAAAUCACAACUUAAGCAGGAGGACAUGGAACCAAUUCCAAUGACGAUAUUUUGUAAAGGUUCUUGGUACGCUCUUGAAUCAUUGUCUAAUAUUGGGUAUGAUACAAUUUCAUUAGAUUGGACUAUUGAUCCCGCGUAUGCCAAGGCCAUUACUAAAGGUAGGGUCACUCUUCAAGGCAAUAUGGAUCCCAACGUAUUGUAUGGAAGUCACGAAGAAAUUAGAAGUACUGUUAGGAGGAUGCUUGAAAAUUUUGGUACUGGUGAAAAGUAUAUAGCAAAUCUUGGUCAUGGUAUUUUACCCACGGUCGAUCCAGAGAAUGUUAAAGUUUUUUUGGAGACUGUUCACAAA